UUCAGAUUAGUUUUGCUUUGGUAAAUUUAUAAAAUAAAUUAAAAAGUGUUGGUGCAGUGACUAAAAAAAAGCAGCAAAUUUUUAUUGUCUAGUAUUUUUUAAAAAUAAUUGAUAAAAAUACUGUAUAUUUAAUUGCACUCAAACGCUAGAAAAAUAAACGUUUUUCAUUGCGUGUUAAAUGAAGGUCUCAAGCUUAUUGCAAAAUCAAGGAUAAUUGUUGCUAUAAAUUUUUUUUUCUUGUGUUUGAAUACAUAUAAGAAGGGCAUAAUAAAGUACGAUAUAGAAUUUGAAAACUAGAACAUGACCCGACGAUGCACUAUAGAAGGUUGUAACUCUAGAUCUGACAAACCAGAACAUAGAGGAGUAACGUUUCAUUCAUUUCCAUUUGAUUCCAAAACAAGGGAUAUAUGGAUUGUAAAUUGUAAAAUUCCCGCAGAUAAAAAUAUAACGAAAAGCGUUGCAGUGUGUUCAAGGCAUUUCAGAAGGGCAGAUUUUACAGCAGUUAAAGGAGGGAAAUAUACUUUAAAACCAGGAAGCGCUCCAACAAUUUUUCCUUGGGGUAAAAUAGAUCAUGUCAGAAAUGAUAACGAAACGAAAGGAUCAGAUCUAAAGAAUGUUGCAAACACAUUGGGGUCAUCAGAAUCGGAAGAAUCUAAAACUUUUGAAACUAAAGUUGAAGGUGUUAAGAGCUCUAAAAGAGUAAAGUCAGAUGACGAAUUAUUUUCAAAAGAUAAUCCUAAAAAAAUUCCCAAACUGGAAGCUGAAAAUAAAUCUCCAUCAACGAAUUCAAAUUCAAAAAUCCCAAAAAAAGAAUCGCUAAAUUUUGUGCCUGGAGUAGUAGUAGAAGCUCAAGAUUUUGACGGAGUUUGGCAUAUGGCUAAAGUAGACGAAGUGGAUAAUAUUGAGAGGGAAGUAUUGCUAAAAUUUGAAGGAAAAGAAGGAAAAGGGUAUAGUAAAAGAGGAACUGAAGAAUGGAUUCCAAUGAACAGCAGACGUUUAAGACCUUAUGUCGAUAAAAGUAACAAACCAGAACAAUUUUUCAUAGCUGGCGAAAGAAUUAUGGCACGGUGGAGUGGUGCUAGAAAAUUCCCGGCAACAAUUUCUAAAGUUUUAGAUAAUGGCACCUACGAUGUUGUUUUUGACGAUGGUUUUGUAAAAGUUGUAAAAGGUGCACAUAUUUCAAAAAUUAGGCAAAAUAAGACAGCAGUUGCUUCUAGCGCUUUAUCGCCCAAAACCAACGAACAACAACCCGAGCCAAAAAUUUCUACUACACCAUCUACAAAGUCUGCAUCAAGUUCUCUAUCAGGACUGGGGAAAAAUUCAAAAACAAAUAAAAAAUUUUGGCCCUUAAUUUCCAAAGAAUCAUUAAAUUUGGAUGAACUUAAUCUUCCACAUAUACCUGAAGAUGGAGAAUGGUGCUGUCAUUGGGUGAAUGAUCAACCAAUUGGUAAAGAAGGUUUUUUAAUGGUAGGCGAUCACAAAAAACCGACCGUUAUAGUUGAUGAUUGGCGGCUUCCAUCCGGAUGGAUAAAACAUAUGUAUCAAAGGUCAAAUGUUUUAGGAAAAUGGGAUGUUAUCUUGGUCAGUCCUCAAGGAAAACGAUUUCGAUCCAAAGCAGAUUUGAAACAGUUUAUAGAAGAACAAGGACAAAUAUAUAAUCCAGAUGUGUACGAUUUUAGUAUACAUAGAAGAAGAGCUAAAGAUAUAAAUGCAUAUGUCUAUACAAAAGAUUACAAACCACCUCCUGCCAUACCUAAAGAGGCCGCAUAUGCAAAUGUUAAACCUAUAGAAGGUGGACUUCCAUCUUUAUUGCCGCCACCUCUUAAUUCAACAGUGUUGUCAGCUUUGACUUCAAUAGAAAAUGAAAUUCAACAAACAGGCACAUCACCUGCGCAUCAAGCAAAAAGUUCAGGAACUGAAGAUAGUAACGCUGGUAUUCUGAAAUUAGAGGAUGGAUGGGUUUAUGUUGGUGGGCUAAAAGUUCAGAUAAUAGAAAAUUUAUUUAGAUGUCCAGAGCAAAAUUGUAACAAGAACUUUAGAAAAGAGAAUCACUUACAAAUACAUGUAAAACAUUACCACCAUGAACUAGCAAAGUUACUUGGAGUUUGCCCUAACAUGCAAGAAUUAGCUCUCAAACGUACUCUUGGUGAGCCGACAGAAGAUCAUUUACCAAAAAACCAUUUGCCUAAUGCACAAUUCUUUGCUAAAGUUCACCAACAGGAGAUUCAAGCGAAAAAUCAACGCAUACAAAAAACUUCAUUUGCUAGUAAUUCAUUUACAACUUCACAAAGACUAAACUCUCCCACAUCAAUGACAAGUUAUCAGCAAAAUAUAAAUGUUCCAAUAUUACCGCCAGAAAAGUUGACUUCAGAUCCCCCUAGCACUUCUGUGUUGGAUUGUGCAUCUUUGUCUCCAGUUCAAAUAAGUAGUAUGACAGAUCAAAAUCUUUUGCAUCCGACUGGAGACGAUUUGAAGGAUAUUGAAAACAAAAUUUCAUUGGAAUUAUCUACAACUGCCAGUGCAGAAACCUCUAUUAAAUCAUCUACGGUUCUUCAUACGCCGAAAACACUUUCCUUGUCUAAAAACAAAAAAAAUAUAGCGCGAAAAUCUAACCGACAAAGAACUGCCAAAAAAUUUUUAAACACCAGUUUAAAAGCCACCGUUUGCCCGUUACUUGAUUCCACUAUCAAUCAGACUACUACCAACUUAUCACCGAGGUUUAAUGAUUUCGAAGAAACACGCCAUUCUUUCAAUGCAACACCAGAAAUUUCUAAAGUACCUUCGACGACGUUAAAAAAAACUAAAAAUCUUCAGAAUUUGUCUGUAAAUGAAUCUAUCGAUGGGAAUAGUCAUACUACUGGAGAUUUUCCAGACCAAAGUCAAAGUCCACAAUAUGUUCGUGAAAAUGGUGAAUUAAUAAAAAUUGUUAAAAUGCGUCAAGAGGAGAUAAUAAAUUGCUUAUGUUCAUAUACCGAAGAAGAUGGUUUAAUGAUACAGUGCGAAUUAUGCUUAUGCUGGCAGCAUGGAAUCUGCAAUGGAAUCGAAAAAGAAAAACAAGUCCCUGAAAAAUAUAUUUGUUAUAUAUGUAAAAAUCCUCAAAGAGGUCGAGAAAGUAUGAAGUAUAUUCACGAUCAAGACUGGCUGUAUGAAGGUAAAUUACCCGUAGCGAAUUACCAUGCAAACUCUCCAUCAGAAAAAGAAACUUUCGAAUUAUUAAAAAAAUCCCACACUCUUACUGGAAAUCUUUUGGAAACCAAAAAAUUUUUACAUAGCUUAAAAGUAAAAAUGAAUGUAGCAGCUAACAAGGAUCAUCCUAAAAUGUACUUAUGGGCAAAAAAAUGGGAAGAAGAUAAUAUAGCCAAAGACAAAAUUGUUAAUAAAGAUUCAGAUACUAAAGUUUUAGAUGAGAAGAAUAAGGACAAAAAAGAAGACAUAAAGUUAAUUGAAAAGGUUCAGCCCACUAUCCCACAACCUGAGGCACCAAUAGAGCCAGUUGAGUGUCAAUACCGGUUAUUGGAACAUAUAAAAAUGCAACAGCAAAAAGUUAAAGAACGUUUAGAUAGCAUUGAGCAACAAGUUUCAGAAAUUGAAAUGUUUGACGGUGACCAGGAAAUGGAUGACUCUAAAAUACGCGAAAUGCUUUCAUUAAUGAUUAAAGAUCUAACGGUAAUGAACAAAAUUUCCAAAAUCAAUACGGUUCCAAAAACCUAUGCUUAUUAAACCAGCUGACAUCGCAAAUUUGAAAAAAUGCAAUUUUUGGUUUUGCUAUUUCUUUUUUUAAUUUCUAAUUCUGUUCAAAAUAAAAUUGAUCUUAUCACUUUAAUAAACAAAAUUAUUUAAUUUUU